AUGACAGUUGCUACCUGUUCCACGGUUGACACAGCGUUUAAAUAUUUUGGUGUAUAUUUUGCAUUAAUUAUUAGUGUUGCUAAACAGAUUAUCUCUUUUUUAGUAGUUUUGUUAAUUAUUAUAGUAAGUUUUGCACAUGCAUUUUAUAUUUUAUUAUCUCCAAGAUCCGAAUUUUCUUUUGAAGAAUAUACACAUAACGAAGACCUAAAUAAUCCUUGGAAUAUAGCUUCUACUUAUAAACAAAUAUUUGAAAACGGAACUAUUAAUCCUAAUCCAUAUAUUGAACAACCUGAUGGAAAUACAAACAUGUUUGUAAAUUUUAAAACUGCUAUCUUUGCAAUGUAUUUAUUUUUAGCAGGUGAUUCAAGUGUAUUAUCCAAUUGGCCAUAUAUAAAUAAUCCAUCACUUGCAAUAUUAAUUGUCUUAUUUUCACUAUUGAUUGUCGUGUAUCUUAUGAAUUUGUUUAUUGGAUUACUUAAUAAUGCAAUUGAAAAAGAUAAUGAUAGAGUUUCAUAUUUAGUACAGAAAGCAGAGAUUUUGGCUGAAAUUGAAUUAUUUUACCUAUUACCACAUCAAAGACGUUGGGAAACAUGGUUUCCUGAAGUAAUACAUUAUAGUGCUGAUGUUGAUAAAAUUCGUGAAAAAAUUAAUGAAAUGAUGAAUAAAAAUGAAUGGGAUAUUAAUGAUGAAUCAAGGAAAAAUUUAAUGAAAAAACUUAAUAUUUUAUCAUAUUACAAAUGA